CGGAGGGCGCGGGGUCCGGCCGCCCUGCUCCUCCGCGGCCCCCGCCGCCCCGGCCGCGCGGGAGGGCCCUGAGGUGGAUAUCGCCCCCACAGUGUCCAGUCUGGUCCCGCAGGGUCUGUGUGCGUCGUCACCAGGACGAUUUAAUUGACGCUUUAGUUUCGGUUUAAUUGAGACCGGGGUUCGGACGCACGUAUCACAGCGUUUCAAGGAGCAGCGUUCGAGCCAACGCAGCUCCUCGGUGCCCGAGCGCCAGGGUGGCCCUUUUGUCCUGUUCCCCGGGCCCCUGCGGGGCCGGGGGCAGAGCUGGGCCCCAUGCUUCUCUGCUCCUCCCCGUGCCUCCGCAGCAGGCUGUGUUAGCCAGAGUCUGAACGGCCACGGUGAUCUCAGGAGCUCCUAGAAGGAAAUCAAACCUGCGUUUUCCGGAAAGUUUCUCUUCCUGGCACACGCUCACCCCACCUGGCCCUGGGCGCUCCUCCCAAAGGCGGAGCAGCCGCGGCUCGAGGGUGCUCACCCCCGCACCCCUAGGGCGCCGCCCGCCCCUCCCUGCAUCGCCCUGUGCCUCGAGUCCUUCUUCCUGGAAGCAUCAGCGAACGGUGGGAAACUGGCGGAGGAGGGAGUGAGUCCAUCAGAUCCUGGUCCGGGUGGGCCGAGCCAUGGGGGUUCCUGAUGAAAAGUCCAGUUGGACCCCGAGCCCCGGGCGUGGUUUGGCUGCGCUUGACCAGCAGCACGGCCUCACCUAUCCACCUCGAUUUGCAGGCCCCGGACCGAGGGUCUGCCGGGCUCCAGGAGGGCCAGACCCUGAGCUCCGGGACAUGGCGCUCCAGCGCGCCGUCCUCCUGGCCAGCCUCCUGGUGGAAGUUGCCAGUAGAUCCUCAGGAAGUGCGACCUCUUUCUGGAGCUGAAAUAGGGUCUCCACAGAGCUGCCCACUGGCACUGGCCACAGCUAGUGGGGCGGACAGAGACGCCCACUUCAGGCUCAGACUCGGCCAGGUCAUGACUUGCAGAAGCAUCACAGAAGGCCAGCAGCCCAAGUGUUGUGUGGACGUGGUGGACACCAACGCCACCUGCCCAGGCACUAACCUGUGUGGCCCAGGCUGCUACGGGCACCGGGCCGAGGACGGGACCGUCAGCUGCAUCCGCUGCAGGAACGGGACUCACAACAGCUCCGAGUGCAGAGGCUUCGCUGCCCGGGGCGCGCACUUCCCCAUGAACAGGAGCACGGGGAUGCCUGGGCGGCCGAGUUUUGGGGGCCCCCAGGUGGCAGCCUCCCUCUUCCUGGGGACGUUUCUCAUCAGCUCGGGCCUCAUCCUCUCCGUGGCUGCAUUCUUCUACCUCAAGCGUGCCAGUAAGCUGCCUGACGUCUUCUAUGGAAGAAACAAAGCCCCCAGCCUGCAGCCUGGCGAAGCUGCCGCGAUGAUUCCCCCACCUCCGUCCUCAGUGCGGAAGCCGCGCUACGUCCGGCGCGAGCGGCCCUCGGACAGGGACGUGGGCCCCACUGCCGUCUCCUCCGUGGAGGCCCGGGUGAGCAACGUCUGAUCCCGCGGCCCAUCCACAGCCCCGCGUGCUGCUGAGGGGGGGCCCACACGAAGGCUGGGCGCUGCCCAGCGAGGCCUCAGGACAGGCCUGCACACGGCCCUGGCUCGUCCCUCUCUAGCCACAGAUGUGGAGUGAGAGCUGCCUGCCCGCAGGCCUUCCUCAGCGCACACAGCCGCUCAGCGUGACUGACCCGGGGCAGCACUCCAGCCUCUGGCCCUGAGCCGGGCCGGGGAACCAGGCCGCAUGGGGUCCAGGCUCCUCGGGAGAGACGACCUGCAGGACCCGGGUGCCCCUCCGCCUUGGAGCGCAUGGUGGGCAGACCCCCCCCCCCCCCCCCCCCCCCUGAGAGCAGUGAGCCCGAGGCCUUUGGGGGGGUCCGGCCGCAUCCAUACACAGGCAGUUUGGGGCCUGCAAACCGGCCCCCGGGCUCAGGCGCCCGCAGGGCUGUCCUGCGCGGCCACAGCUGCCCACUUCCAGGCGCCGUGGGAGUGAGUCGCCUGGCCUCCUGCUGACUCUUACCUGUGCUUAAGCAGAAAGCACUUUGCACAGAAGUCCAAGCGGCACGCUGCCCUCGUCUGCACCCCGCCUGCGCCCCAGGCACUGGAGGUCCUCAUCCACCUUGGGAUGGACACUGGCCCGAAGCUGCUGGAGGUCGAGACCCCCCAGGGACGUGUCAACCCGGGGCCACGUUUACCUGUGACUGCCGCCUGGACUGGCUGUCUCGCUGGACCUGCCGAGGGCCGCCCUGGCCAGCAGUCCCGUCCCGCUGCCCCCGCCCCGAGGCAGCAGCCCGUGUUCCCUGCCUCGGCCGGUUGCGGAGGGACGGCUCUGGGUUCCUGUGGAAAUGGGGGAGCGUCGGGGUGCCCACUGAGCACGGGCAGGGUGCUGCCUGGCCUCCCCAGAGCCUCCACGGGGACUGACGUUUUCUCCUCCGGUGUCUGGUCCACGUCCGCAGGGCCCACGGCAGGGCCUGUGUGGCCAGCCUCCUGCUUUCUGCACUGGGAUUCCCACUGGGGUGUUUGUGGUUUAUGGACACAAGCUCGGUCGCCAGGACAUGAACGAUGACUGACCGGCAGCUGAGAGGGGCGGCCACCUGAAAUCAGCAUCAAUAAACCACUCAGGCCCUU